GUGUUUCUUCCGAAUGUUGAAGUGAAAAUGGUAUCCACAGCAGCAGAAAUUGAUAAUUUAGGCCUGAACCUAAAGAAGGUGCAGGAAAAAUUUAUGGAAUGGACUGGAGAUACGUUCAAACGUUCGUACCUGGAAGACAAAAAGAACCACGAAAACAUGAUGUUGCUAAACGGGAAAGGUAUGUGAGCCUAUGUUUACAACAACGGGUACACAGCUGGUACAACGGAUCGAAUAAGUAUAAUUGCUUUCUUUCCGAAGAAAAAAUAUUACUGUGUCUUUCAUGGCUUUUUGUUACUCACAGAGAAGAUGAAACAUCUCGAAGAGACGAUAAACCAGUACCACAUUCAAAGCGAAAAGAAUUUAGAAGGUGAGAAAGCUUAAGGAGAAAUCCAUCAGGAAAUUGAGUAAUUUUAAUUUUUAGUGGACAAAAACUUUGUACCAGAAUAAUUUAAAAAUUAUAGAAUUCCUUUUUACCGUUUUCAAGGGCUAUAGAAAUAACACCAAAGAAAAUUUCUCGUGAGAGCCCAAGAAAGUAAAAAUUUCAAAAUCAUGUGACACAUGAAAUUUUGCGAAUUUUACCUGUGUUUUCACAAUUCUUGUAAAAUUUGGCAUUUAUUUUCACGGGCUACCAUGAGAAAUACUCUUUGGUGUUAUUACAGAUCAUUAAUUAUAUCUAUAUACCUUGAAAAAUGUUGAAAAGAAUGCAAUAUUGCUUAAAUUAUUCUGGUACAACGUCUUUGUCAACUGAAAAUUGAAGUCACCCAAUUUCCUGAUGGAUUUCGUUUUAAGCUUGUUUAAGAAGUUAACCUUACUACUAGCUAACUUAAACAACUGUUCAUUCAGGGUUCGAUACUCCAAUUGACCAAUGUACUUUCUAGUUUUACGACAGAGAGCUGAUGAAGUUGCAAACCUUGAAAGCGAGUUACGCGAGUUACAAAUCACAGCUGAGCGUCUGGUACAGAGAAGAGAACAAACAGAGAAAAACCUUGAAGGCAUUGAACAUCGAUUAAAGAAACGAAAAAACGGUACAUGCUCCAAGACAAACAUUGCAUUAAAAUUCUUUUCGGUGUGACGGUACAUGGGGAUCUGCCAUUGGGACCCUGGAAUUAAUUUAGUUUGAGUUUUGCUACCCUAUGCUAAAGUAAACUCCCCAAUUUCCCCGUAUCCUAGAGUAGGCUGUUUCCCUAGUCUAAAUAAAAUCUUCAACCAACUGAUGAGUUUCCUGAAAAAUGAUACCCUAUUCUAGACCCAAACGCUCUGAUUUAUAUACCAGUCCUAGAGUAAAGUGCUUGAAAACCAUACCCUUCACAGUUUCACAUACCUAUAUAGCCCAUAUGGCAGACCCCCCGGGGUUUUCCUCUGCGCGAAACUGAACUUAGGUCGAAACAGAAAACGAUGGGGCAGUGGGUAAGGGGAGAAGCCAAUGGAGAUUCAACCCCUAAAGAGUCUUAAAACACCGUUCGCCAGCGGACAGAGAAAACGGCAUUCCUGAUUCGCCAACAGAAUGUCAACCUGUCUGCGAAUGUCAGAUUCCUAUUGGAUGGAAAGAUUUCUCUCUCUCCCCAUCAUUCCCACCCCAUUGUUUUCUCAUUUGAAAAAUCACACCAAAAAAACUGCUAGCUAGGCUGGCUAUUAGUUCAUCAGUUUCUAUUUCCCAGGUAUUUAGACGUCACUUCUGCCAUUUAUGAGAUUUUCAUAGGCAGCCGUUUUUUGAGCAUUGAAUGACUAUAUAAAGAACAGCCGCGAAGAAUAAUUAUAAGACUUAAAAUUAGAACGAAGAGAAUCGAACAGGUCUCAGUUUUUCAAAAGAUAGCGUUAUCCAAUGGAUAAAUCUCUAUCCAGUGGAUAAUGUCAUUCAACCCAUCCCUAAUAAAUUUUUGCCAGGUGUCCCACACUUAGCCUGCAACUAAGGUGUCUGGGGGCCCCUAGGGGUGAGGGAGAAAAAUAGUUUUCCCUCGUAUCCACCCCCCAGAGAGCUUGCUUGCAGGCUGUUCCACACUUUACAGUCCUGCAUGACAGACCACAUUGUGUGGGAGACUGUUACGUGAAACUGAUGUCAAGGUAAACACAGAUGUAAGGUAGCCUCCUUCACAGGCAACUCCCAUGUUUCCUGCCUUAAAAGACAAACGCCAGGAACAAGUGAUGCUGUGGUCUCAGCCUGCGUCGCAGAUGGAACUUUACCUCGGUUAGUAACGUCUGCAACCAAGGCCGAUAUUCUUGUCAAGGGUCCAACGAAUUACCGGAAAGGCAUUUUGAAUUUCCUUUCAUCCUGAUUAGGAAAUCAACAACCGCCCUUUUAACAAGACAAUCAUGGUGCUUACUCAAGUCCUGGAGGGCAGGUGGGGGUCCAGAACAAUGAUUUUGGCUCUGUUUUGCAGAUGGACUCAACCAGGGCCCAGCUGCUCGAAGCAUGGUUAGCGUUAACCAGCGUUUAAUACCUUGACAACAUAUUGGUUUUGAUACUACUUAACCAAUGGUUAAAGCUAACCAUGCUUUGAGCAACUCAGCCCAGAGGUUUAGUUUCGUCUGUUACAUAGGCUAACAGGCUAGGGUCUAACUGCAAGAUUCAUCUGCUGCAAGAAAACUAUCCUGGGCAAUGAUCCUAAGAGAAUAAGACACCUGUCUGUGCCAUGUGGAAAGGGCUAGUUUCUACAUGUUUAUGUUACUUUGAUCAGGCUCAUGUAACUUGGGGAUCCUGUGGCUCUAAACAACCUUACCUGAAAUGUUGUGGGUUUUUUUUUUAGAAAUCACUUCUAAGGAACAAAGUAGCUCAUUCAAGAUCAAACAGUUUACUAAGGGGACAGAGUUCUUCAAAGAGAGACUGGGCUUAGCUUUCAAGAAAGUGGAUGGUAAGCUCUGUUGCUCACACCCAAGGUUUAUUGUCAGGGGUUUCUUCAUUGUAUAUCAACUCAGAUAUUCUCCAUACUGUUCUCAAAAGGUACAUUGGUUUUGUCUGCCCUGUUCUCAAAGAAAUGGGAAGAAUAGAUUUUUCUAUGUUCAAGUGCUAAUAGAAAGCAACGAAUAGGUUCAAACCUACAAGUUAGGGAAAGUGUAUUGAAAAAGUUUGACUUACCUUUCGGGGGAGUUUGAGUUUUGCGACAACUUUUCUCAAAAUUAUAUCAACAAAGAUAUUCUGAACUGGGAAAAGAAAAUUCCUUGUCAUAAUAAUGGGAAGAUUUUGUUUAGAAAUCAAUCUAUACUAACAGAAACUCAACCCCUUAUGAGUUUCUGAUACUAACUUUAGGGCUUGCAGGGACAUCAGUUAAGUGGGGGCAAGUGACCAGAUAGCCUGCAAUCACACCUUUUCCUAAUUCUAUUUACUCAAACAAGACCAUUUAAAUUAUUUAAGCUGGUUUUAUUUGAUUAAAUUUUAACAGCAAUCUUGCCCACAAAAUUUUAAAUACGAAACUUGAAAAAAAACUUAUCAUUGCAUCAUCUCCUAUCUAAUAAUCUAGAUAAAAAGGUAACCUGUCUUGCAAACUUGUAUGUUUUAAUAAAAAUUCAAUAGGACAGUUGACAGUUAAGAUAAUUUUAAUGUUCAAGUAGUUCAGUUUUUCUUUUUCUCUCUCAUUCAUUAGAAGAUAAUCUGCAGUUUGUGUUCAAGUUCAUUGAUCCAAAUGAUGAGGAGAAGCCAUUUGUUUUUACCGUGUCCAUUACCAACCAAGGCACAUACAGUGGUAAUGUUGUUAGUAAAUAGCUUCACUAUAAAAUCAAAACAGUCUCUGGUGUCAUUGUUUUUAAAGGGUGAAAAUUUAAUUAAAAAUGGAAAGACUCGCGUGAAACAAAAUACAAACGUAACAAUCUUUAAGGAACUAAAAUUUAUAAAGAAAAGUGUAAACAUUGUCAAACUUAUGUCUUGGUUUCCUUGAAACUACGUCCUGUUCUGCAAAUUUGUGCCAAGGCUCAAAUAUUUUUAAAUCUGCAUUACUUGCUUCAAAAAAUAAUAUUUUUUUGUCUUCCAUUUGAUCAUAUUUACCCAUUGAAGACAACAGCCUAGGUUUGCAAAAGUUAAUUUACUCACACUUUUUUAAUUUUGGAAUUUGUUUCUUGAUAUAUCCACGCCUGUGAUAUCACACAUAUUACAAACUGGUGAUUCCAUAAGCAAAAAAAAAAUUUACCAUAUGUCUUUCUUUGUUUAUGGUGGAAAUGUGGAGGCAGAGCAGUUAACACGUUCCACAGACUUCAAAUCUGUAGGUCCCGGUGGUAUCCAUGGGCACCGGUAACAUAUUGUUGGGGUGUGGCCAGCACCCCAUCCAGCUGAGAGUAGCGAAGCUCCUUGUUACUUACUCCAUGCUGCAGCAACCAGGACAAGCUCCGGUCAUGUGGGCCCUUUGUGUGUACAUUAACCCUUUUUGCUAAUGAAGAUCUAAACAUUAACCUGUUAUUCCUCUUACAGUGAAAAACUGCAUGCCAGAGGUCAAAGAACUUGAUGAAAUGGUGCAGCAGCUAAACAGUACAAAUAACUUCUCCAAGUUUGUGGUCUCAAUGAGAAGAAGAUUCAAAGAUUAUGUUACAGCCUCCAACAAGACCAGCACAAGUUGAAUCAGCGUAUUUCAUCUCAAGGCACUAAAAGCAAGCUGUGUGGCAAUGUUUGUUGUCUUUAGAUCUGGUUAAACUUCAAAAGCUCAUCACAUUAUCCAAGAUUAAAAGAGAAAUAAUAACAAACUGUACUCUUCAAGACAAAUUGCCAUUAUUGAAGGGAUGUUUUAUACAUGACUUGUCGUAGUUCAUUCUAAGAUAACAAAAUGCUAGUUCCUCCUUAUGUUUGUAAAUAAUCAAGUGCAUGGUGAAUCACAAUAUUAUUUAAAAGAAUUCCUGAAAUUAGUUUUUUAGUCUAAGUACACCUUUAUUAGAGGUUUGUGAAAGAUUUUUGUUUGAAAUCUUUUAUGUAGUUGCUGGUUUGUUGAAAGACAUGACAAUAUGC